AUGACUCUACUUGUCCCACCGGAGAGAGUGUCCUCAAGCAAUCAAAAGAAGGAUUCGGUGUCACCGUUCGACGUCCUCAGCACGUACCUGACCUUCCCUAGCAGAGACCAGGACCAGUGGUGGCAGAGGACAGGCCCUCUCGUUGGCAGAUUACUGUCAGCAACCGGAUACACCCCUGAGCAGCAGUAUCAAUUCCUCACAUUCUACCACAACCAGCUCAUCCCCCGCCUUGGUCCCUGCCCCGCGACCUUCCACUCGAGCAUCACAGUCACCGGUCUCCCAAUGGAAUUCAGCGUGAACUACCAGCAACACGGAGGCCAUCCCACCGUACGCAUCGGCGCCGAACCCGUCGACUCGUUCUCCGGAACCGACAGGGAUCCAUUCAACCAGGCGCCACCUGCGUCGACGGUUACACAUCUCACCAGAAUCGCCCUCAAGGACUUCGAUCCCCAGCUCUACGGCUACUUCGAACCAAAGCACACCCUAACUCGAGACGAGCAGAUCCGCCUCCCGACUGCCGUCCCUGGCGGCGCAAAUCUCAAAACUCAACAUGCCAUGGGCUUCGAUCUGAAAGACACCGGGAUCACAGUUAAAGGAUACACCUACCCCGGCCUGAAGGCGCACAUGGCAGGGCAGGAUAUAAAGACCCUCCUCGGAGACUCCGUGAACGACCUAAAGGCCCAGGGCAAAAUGGACUGCGUCGAGGCAUGGUCAAAGAUUGACAGCUACAUGACCGAAGUCAACGGCUGGGGGUAUCACAACCUGUGGGCGUGGGACUAUAUCGCGCCGGCGAAAUCCCGCUUCAAGUUCUACACCUUCGUCAUGGAUGUGUCGGACACGAAACUCGAGGAGCUAUGGACGCUGAAUAACCGCGCCACUGGCCCGGCGCAUAUAGAGGGCUUGAUUUGGCUGCGUAAACUCUGGGAUGUGAUCGACCUUCGGCAUGCAGGCAAGAGAGACCUCCCCGCGGAUGCGCCUCAGGUUCCGGAGAAUUCGGCGCCGAUGUUGUGGAAUUAUGAGCUGACGCCUGGAAAUCCGCUGCCGUAUGCGAAGGCGUAUUUUCCGCUGCAGGGACUGAAUGAUUUUGUCUGUGUUGAGAAGAUUGCGCGCUUCUUUGAGAUGCUGGGUUGGGGGGACUUGGCUGCUGGGUAUCGCGCUACGGUGGAGUCUUUUUAUCCUGAUUAUGACCUGUCAAAGACGUCGCAUCUGGUCUUUUGGGUCUCGUUUGCGUAUUCGGAGAAGACGGGGGUGUAUGUGAGCGUGUACUACCAUCCUUGUCCUGAGAAAUAG